CCCCGCGGCCUCCUAUUGGGCGAGCGAGGGCGUCCCCCUCACGCCGUCUGCCUAUUGGCGCGCGCGUGCGGACGCCGCGCCCCAUUGGUCUGUUCUGAUUUGGGCACCAAAUUCAAAGAUUUUAAAAGUACCAGCUGGCGCCUUUUAAGAGCUACAGCUCGGCGCCGCGGCCGGUCGCCUCUUCCCUCCGGUCGCCGCCACUUCACCUGCGUCGGAGCCCGCAUUCUCCGGCAUGAGCCGGCGCGUUUGCAGCGGUCUGCCCCGGCCGUCCUCCUGCCCCUGCGGCCUCGGCGCGCGGACGGUCGCGGACGGUUGUAAAGAAGAAAGUCCUGUUCUUUCCGUUAAAAUGAAGUGUUUUAAUUGCAACCCUGAUCUUUCCGAACUUGAAGUGGUAAAACCUGAGGAGAGUGGGAAACAAGUUUCCUACAAUCCUGUGUGUUUGGAGCCUUCCUGCAAGGACUGCUUUAGAAACCAGGAAAGGUUAUCUUUCAUUGAGUCACCAAUUGUGGGACCUGAUAACAACAAGGAAAAUCAACGUGUACAAAAACUGCUCAAUAGUUCAAGUGAAAUAGAGGAGCUAGAGGCCAGCAGACUGUAUGAAGACAGUGGCUAUUCGUCAUUUACACAUCAGAGUGAACAGGAGGAUGGCAUCCUUAUCCUGGAGAAUUUCAGAAACAGUAGCCAGCCCCGCCUGCUGCCGUCACAGAGCCCAGACCAGUAUCCCAACAAACACCUGCUGCCUGUCCUGCAUUUUGAAAGAGUGGUUUGCUCAACAUUAAAAAAGAAUUCCAAACGAAACCCGAAAGUGGAUCGAGAAAUGCUGAAGGAAGUUAUCGCCAGUGGGAACUUUAGACUACAGAAUAUAAUUGGCAAGAAAAUGGGUCUGGAACACCUAGAUAUCCUCACCGAGCUCUCCCGGAGGGGAUUUAAACACCUUUUAGCUAAUAUUUUGACAAAGCUCAGCGGCAUGGAUUUAAUAAAUUUGUCUAAAGUGAGCAGACUUUGGAAGAAGAUAGUAGAAACCGAUAAAGGAGCAUCCCAGCUGUACAGCAAAGCCAUGCAGAGAGUCCAUGAAAACAGUAAGUUGUCGCUGCAUGCUUCAACCAGAGGGUACGUUGUGAGCAGAACUGCACUAACUUCUGUUCAGAAGUCAUCGACUUGGACUCCUCCCAGAAAAGAUACUCAAGCCAAUUUGCCCAGUCAGCGUGAUCAGAAGAAAGGUCCUGCCUACAGCCGGCACGGGGAAUUCCUUGAGGUGGCCAAGACGUUAAAAAACAACGAGAGCCUCAAAGCCUGUGUUCGCUGUAAUUUCCCUGCAAAAUAUGACCACUAUUUAGAGCGUGCGACCUGCAAACGGGAAAGCUGUGGAUUUGACUAUUGUACAAAGUGUCUGUGUGAUUAUCAUGUCAACACCAAAGACUGUUCGAAUAGCAAGCUCCUAAAAGCCACCUGUAAAGUGAUGGGCCCUUUGCCUGGAACUAAAAAAAGUAAAAAGAAUUUACAGAGAUUGUGACCCUUAGCACAUCAACUGUAGAAGAUCCUAAGGGCUACUUUUUAAGGAUUGUUAGAUUAUAACUUAAGAAGGUAAAAAUAAAUGUAGGGUGCCAUUUUGUCCCUUUGGGAAGAGAGGAUAUGCAUAUAGCCUCCUAAAACAAUUACAGUUUAAUAUUAAAAAAUUAAAAAUUUUCAUACAAACAGAAAGAUUAAAUUAAGAAAAAGAAACUGGGUAUCUAUUUGUAGUUAGAUGAAAAUAAAAUUGAUUGGAUUUUAUGGCAAGUGAAGGCUGUAAUUUUAUGGAGUCUUUAAAACAGAUGUGAUUCACAGUGUUAGCAUCUGUGAUGCUUUACCAAAUUUGUAUUGUGUCCAUGUCAACUUGAGUCUGUCGAUUUAAAUGUUUGUCUUUGUCAGUAUGAGCCUUUUUCAGUGUGUAAAGUAUUCAUUGUAAAGUCUUGUUUACUUUAUUUCUGGUCUGUUUUAAUGUUUUUAUACUUGUAAAUAUUUCUGUUUUUACGUGCCAAAGAAAAUAAAUAUUCAUAUAACUUUAUUUUGU